UUGGUUUUUGUUGUAUUUACAGGCUAUUAAAAGAGCGUAUGGAGUGAACAGCUGAGUCCACUUGCAAAAAAAUACAGAAAAUAUUUAAGCAGCUUUAAAUUGGUGCAUUUUUUCAUAAAGCAGUUUGCAUAGUACUUCAAGCUGCAAAAAAAUUGAAUUUAAAAUUAGAGAUUUUUUUAAAGAUGUAGCUUCAAGCUGGAAUGAUUUCAUAAUCAAAUAAGGACCAGCACAUCAUAAACACAGAAAAAAAAAUCUAAAUAGAAUUUACACUCUCACACCAACCAAACUGCAGAAAAUAAUACAAGUGCAAUUACUGGCUGCUAUGUGAACUGUUAUCUACCAAAUGGUUUUCUUACAGUACUGAGAUUUUUGUCUCCAUACUGCAUGCUUUCAACAAAUGUGGUUUGCAUUUCACCCAGGAAACACAGGAUCUCCUUUUAAUAUCUAUAUAAAAAAAGCUAAGUGUUUGACAUUAAGUUGUCUAUAGUAAAUAGCUGACAGGAAGCAAACUGUUCAAAGUUGGAAACAAAUAAAGAUUUACGACCCUGCAGUGGUAAAAUUCAUAUUAAAUUCUUAAGUUGGAAAUCCACGAGGGAGAAAGGAAGUGUUUUGGUGAAAGGCAAGGUGAUGGAUUGAACUAAGAGAACUUUAAAGUGGGCAAGAACUGUGUGGGAAAUAUGAUUUCUUGAAUGUUUCUUGUAAAGUAAGGCAAACUUGUAAAAACAGCACUAGGAAAAUGGAAGAUUCCAAGGUGACCUGAGGGGUCAGGAAAAGAGAAUGAGUGAUGUGCUGUGCUCAGUUAUCUCUUCAAGAAAGAAGAGGGCUUGAACAAAUGGGCACGUUGAUGAAUACGAUAAGCAGAGGCAUAGUUGGAUAUAAAUAUUUAGAAAUCAUGGCAUCCUCUCAGAUGAAAUAAAAAAAUGUUGACAUUAGCUACCAGGAAGCAAAAAUGGCACAGCCUCAACCAGCAGAGGCAGAUAAACACGCAUGGACAUUGGACAUUGACCACCUGAACUGCAAGAAAACUUCGGGGUGAAGCACAGGCUGAAAUAAUGAAAGUUGAAAAGAGCUUUUUAAGAGAGAGAAUGGUUACAAAAGUAAUAAAGAUUACUCUUUCAAACAGGGAAAAGCAAAUUGAAGUUUCAGAACUGGAAAGGCAAUAUGAAGAAACAGAUAAUUUUAAUUAUUUCUGAAAUGUUGAGGCAAGCUGAAAAUAUUAAGAGCACAAUAUUAGAAGAUAACUUUCUCCUUCCUCACAUCUUUUUGGAAAUCAUAUUUGUGUAGAAAGCCACAGAGAAACAAGUCUACUCCCAUGGACACACUGAACUCCAACAUGAACACAGAGUGGAAUUAGAUGGUUACAAUAACACAACACAUGAAGUAGAAAUUAUGAUUGACAACAAUAACAUAAGGCAAUGAACAAUUAAGGAAGGACAAAGAAGGCUGAGGGAAAAUUUUGUCACAACAACUGAUUUUCUCACUGCUAAAGGUGCAGGAAUCAGCCUUAGGAGCAGCCAGUUUUCUCAGUUAUCAUUCUUUGAAGAUCAGAGGCGUACCCUCCACAAAGAAUUACCAGACAACAGCACUUACCUGCAGAAGGUGCUGAGACACUGAAGAUUAAUUUAGUCAAAUGCAGCAAACUGUGGCUGAUGUGAGGGUCUGAAUAACCCUGUUUCCUGGUAAAAAGCACGGUUUACCUUGGAAACAAGGACCAUGCAGAAGUCUGGAAUCUUGUUCUCCAAAAGAAUGUGUUGCUCACAAUGUGUUGUUCAAAAGGAACAAGCUUUUAGAGAAUGUGUUUUCGUAUAGAGAUUUUUCAUGUUUUAGUUAAGGCUGUUAGCAGUGUGAUGACAGAGUGGAAAAAUGAGGUUUUCACUGCAAAAGGCAGAAUUCUGGCAUCACUCUGAAGAAAAGGACCACAACAGGAGAUAAACAGAGCUUGAGAUAAUCAAACCCAGUGAUGAUGAAGGAACAGAAAUUGGAAAGUGUGAUUCACUUGGCAAAGAAACCCUCUUCUCAUAGGCACAGUUUUGCUCAUCACUACUUUGGAUAUGAAACUAUAAGCACAAACAUGGGAUGGUCAGAGCACGUGGCUGCCACGGUAAGCACACUGCACAGACAGGAGAGGAUCUUCUCACAAAGCAGAAAAGGUCCAAUUCCAAAUCAGCACAAAUGUAGCAAAAUCAAAGGCAAUUCACAGAUGCCACUGGUUGUGGUUUAACCCAGCUGACAACUAAGCAUCAUGCAGCCUCUCACUCACUCCCACCAGUGGGGAGGAGAAACAGAAAGAAAAGGAAUUAGAAGAUGCAAGCACACCUGAUGGAAAAGUAAACAGUGCUGGAGAAGAGAACUUAAAUCUCAGAAUAAAAGAGCUGGAAAAGUCAGAGCAAAACCUGAAAGGUGUUCUAGAGGACUACGUGGAGUCAGAUUCUGUCCUAAGACAUAGGAUGAAUGAGCUGGAGCUGUCACACAAAAAACUUCUUGUGAUGAUUGAUCAGCUCAAUGUGAAGUUGCAAAAGGUUGAAAAUGCCAAUGUACGUAUUAAAGGGAAAUUGCAACGCAUUCAGGAGGAUCUGAUCAACUUGGUUGAAAACCAAAAAAAGUCAGAGAAGAAGCAAAAGGAAAAAUUGUGUUGGCUUCAGGAGCAGCUGAAGACAAAAGAAGAAGAAAUAAAAAGCCAAUCAGAAUAUUUUGAACACUACAAACAAAGACAGAGACAACAAACAACAGUAUUGAGAAAGAGGGAAUGUUACCUUCGGGGUGAAGUAUCUAGGCUGGAAAAGCAAGUCCUAGAUCUUAGUUCCCAUGUUGCUCUUUUGACAUCCGAGAUAGAAGAGGGAAUGGUGCAGCAUCUCCAGCAGGUACUGGAAUCAACGUUCAGUGGGACUCGGGGUUAUAAACACCCUGACAUGGAAGUAGUGGAAUUGAAAACUUGUAUUGAAAAUGUGGAGCAUGAUGUGAAAAGCCACCUUCAGGCAUUUCAGCAAAAUCUGAAGUUCUUAAGGGAAAAAGAGGAGGACAACAGAAGAGAAGAGGGAGACCUGCUGACUGAACUGCAGUGCUCUCAGGACAAUGAAGACUUCCUCAGAACAAAAUUGGAAGAAUCAUCCUGUCAUGUCUAUAGUUUGAAAUUAUCUGAAAUCAAACUACAGGAAAAAAUGGAAGAGCUUUUGGAUGAAAACAGAGCUUUAAAAGAUCAAAGUACAGUGAUGUUGAAAAAGAAGAAAGAAAAAGAUUCACAACUUGCAAGAUUGGAGAAUGGAGACAACAGUGUUGACCUGGUAUGUCAACUGAAUGGAGAUCUAAUUCAGGAUGAAAUUCAAAAUCUUAAAAGGAGACCAGUCUUGGAUUCACUCAGAAGCAGAGCUACUCAAACUCCAGCUGUGCUGCUACAUGCUGAAGAGUCUGAAACACCAGGAUGUAGUCAUGAUGGACUAAAGCAGAUGGAGGAGCUACCAGAAGAAUCUGUACCAGUCUGGGAAGGCAAUUCCAGUGCCUUUGUGAAAGUUGCUGGUCUAGCUGAGGCUGAGGAGGUCACCCUUGGAACAGAGAGGGCAGGUACUCUAGAAGAUAGUUUCACUUUGUUUGGGUGUCCCCCAGUUUGUCAUGCAGCAGGACUGCUUUCCCCUUACUCUGAGAAGUUAUCUGAUGAUGAGACAAGUAAGAAAACCAAAGGUGAAGAAACCAUUUUUCUGUUGAAGGAACAAGCUAUAACUCUACCAGCAAAGACAUUCCCUGCUUCUGUGGUUGAAGCCUUGAUGAGGAAGAAGCUCCAGCUUACUUGGUUCAAACCUGAAAGCUGCCACUCAUCAGCUGUCACCACUGUGGAGAAAGUGAGGAGUGCGAGUUUCUGUGAGGCAAAUACUAGUCUUUGGUCUGCUGGCCUCUGUGUUGUUGCAGAAGGGGGAUUUUAUGACAAAGUUCCUGCACUUCUUCAUAGAAAGUUGCCUUCCACUGCGACUGAAAUUUUCACAGCAUGUCUAGAAAAAUACAACAUGGAAAAACAUUGGGAAAACAAGCAAAUUCUGCCAAAAAGCCUAAGUGAAAAUAGAUGUCUGGAUAAAAUUGUUGAUGAUGAAAAGUAUCACCAAAAAUUCUCUAGAGAGAGAGCUAAAGGAGAAGAAAUACAGACUGAGAAAUCCCAACCACAACUGGUGACCUGCGUUCUUGAGGAAAGUUCUGAAUUUUUACAUAAAAUUGAAUUUAUCAGGCCUGAGAAGCAAGGAAUGGAAGCCAAAGAGAGACUAGGUAGUAUACAGGAUGUCCAAAGUUUGUCUCUUGAUUUUAAAGACUUAAAGAAGUAUUUUGAAGGGAGUCUUGAACUAAUGGAGAAAGAAGAAAACAUCUCAGAGAACUGCAUCUCUGAUGUGAAUAGAAGAUAUAAUGGAGAAGAUAUAGUUGAAAUGGAAGAGAAAGGAGUGCAAGCUCAGAAACCAACUCACCAAACGAACCCCUCCAGCAAUAUUGGUGUGAAAGAAAAGAAAGACCAGACCUUGGGACUAUGUGAACCAAAUGAGAAGAAUUUCUCAUAUGAAAAAAUAGCUGCUGAAAACGUGCAAUAUGCAUACUCUCAGAAUUUCUUUUGGUCAGAUGAAGAGAGGUAUCCACUAAAAUUACUGUUUCCUGUGCAGGAGAGUGUUGUGUGCCUAGGCAAACUAUUCCUGCCAGGGAGCAGUUUUUAUGAGUGUUUCUGUCAUCUGUCACCACUUGAAGCCUGUAAUGAACCUAAUGUGAAAAUAUCUGUACUGGAAAAAGCAGUGGCUGUGUGUUCUCACAGGAUAUUUCUACUCAUGCAAGAGAAUGAAAAUUAUUCCAAAAAAGUCUAUAUAUUAAAACAGGAGAAUGAGAGAUAUGCUCAAAUGAUGUGUGCUCUGGAAGAGGAGAUGGAUGCAUAUUUUCAGUACAUUUUAGCAGCAGAUGAAGCUAACGUUGUUUCAUUCCAAAACUUACUUAAUGAGAAAGAGGUUUCUGGUGGAUGUUACAGUAACUUAUCAGAAGAAAACACCAUGACCCCAGAAACAUUUUUAGUUAAAACUUUCUCUAAGAACCUCCCAUGUAUUGAAGAGAAAAAUAGGAAUUCUGAAAAAGACUCAUCGACAAUUGCAUCAAAUAAACUUUCCAGGAGUGUUCUAUCCCUGAAGGGAAGGAAAGUGAGGUAUUUCCAGCUGCUUUCUGACCUAAAAGAAGAAAGAAGCAGAUGCUUCAAAGAAAUAGCUAAAUUAUUACAAGACAAGGAGAACUAUGUAGCAAAAUGCAAUGAAUUAAUACAGGAGAGAGAGGAAAAUUUACAAAGAAUAGCUCUUUCAGAGCGUGAAAAAGAAACUUUGUUGGGACAUUUAGCAGAGAUAAAGUGUGAGCAAGACAAAUACAAGACCUUGGUUUCAAAACUCCAAGACUGCAAAACCAGCUGUUAUAAAAAAAUUUCUGAUUUACAGGAGGAAAAAUAUGUACUGAAAAGAGAGAUAGACAGAAUCAAGAAAGAAACUUCAGAGCGGCUAGAUGAAUUUCAGAAAGCAAAUACAAACUUUAUUUUAGAAAAUAAAAAAUUGAAAGAAUUAGUGUCUUCUUUGGGUUUCACCUAUGAAGAGCUGAGAAAAGAGAAAAGUUUGGGAACAAAGAAAAAGAUAGUAAAAGAAGAAAGUCAGCAACAUGGUCUUAAGCCAAAGAAAUUUGAAACAGUGUGCAGUGUAACGCAAACUGAAGAAGAAGGAGUUCUGGUUAUAAAUCCUUCAAACUAUUUCCCUGGGAAGGAGGGCAACAUAUUUGAAAGCUACAGUACAAUGAAAGAGCAAGUUGAAAAGGCAAAAGAAGAAUUAAAAAUACAGCAAAAGGAAUUAGAAAAAUCAAAAAAAGAGGCUCAGAAGUGGUACAGAGAACUUGGUUUUGCUGAAACAAGGUACGAAGAAAUCAAGACUCGUUUGAUGCAGGUUCUCACAGAAUUAGACCGCCUUAAACAAGAAGCUGGGGACAAAAUGCUGGGAAAGCAGCACUGCAAAUUAAUGCCUGAAUACAGCAUGAAAGAUGUCCAGGAAAAAGAGGUGAAUAAAAUAACCAGUAUGAGAUUACAGCAGCAAGUGCUGACCUUGAAAGCUCAGCUCAGGGACCAGGCUGCAUUAGAAAAUCAGUUUUACAACCUGCAGAAUGAAGUGGAACUCCUUCAGGCUCAGCUAUGUAAAAAGGAAAAAGAACUUGAGAAGAGAAAGUCUGAAGUGAAGUUGACAUUAGCUCCUCUGAAGGCUAAGCUGGCUUGCCUCACCCGAAAGUGCCGAGAAAGGAACAGUUUCAUUAUGAGGAUGCAUGGUGAAUUUCACAGGAAUGGAAUUAUUAACUUUGCAUUUGAUGAAGAGGUGAAAAACUUGGUGAAUGACAUAACCCUGACAGAGUACACGGCUGCUUUUACACCAAUGUGUGAUCAAGAGUUUCUCUUGCAGAUACUGCCUUCUUCCACAGACAUUUCACAGGCUAAUGGACAGCCAGAGGAUCACGAGACAGCUGCCAGAGUGAAUGGGAUGACUGGGUCAAUACCUGCAAACUCUCAGCAAGAGGCAGACAGCACCCACAGUUCUCACAUCACUUCAAACGUGUAUGCUGGUUCUCCUAUCAAAUUAACAAGCCCGGAGAGGAUCAUAGCCCUGCAUCGAGAACUGAGACAAAAUCAUUGCAAAACUUACCGGAUACCUUCAGUUGUCUCCUCCAACUCAAAUCCACAGGCUGAUCGCAACUUGCCCACGAUCCAUAAGGAAGCCCCUUGGCCUCUGCUGUCAAGGAUGAAGGAUGCACUGGUGCCUCUGGAGCGUAGUGUCUUCUGGGCCACGAAGGGGAGGGAUCAGUUGUAGAAACGUGAUGAUGUGUUUUGGGGUCAAAUAGGAAAUCAGCAUGCAGGUGCUACUCCCCAGAGAACAAAACAGAAAAAUGCCAUUAUGAAUAAGGCAUGGCUCUCUAGAGAAAAAACAGAUGGCUCAACCUCAGCUACCACAGCAAAAAGCUAUUUGUCAGACGUGUUGUCAGCAAGUAAUAAAGGUCGAAAUCCUGUGGGUAGGAAUCAGCUGCACGGGAAAGAAUAAAACCUGCAGAAAUAAAACAAGGGAUGACUUUGCCAGUUGGAUCAGUCUACAUUAUUUAACAGUGGGAAGAGGCAGCCUGAUGUUUGAUUCAGAGAGAUGAUGAUGAAUUAAGAUGUUGCAAUAUGACUUUCAAUGCAGAAUACAAGGAAAGAACGUAUCAGUCACACAGAAGAAGCAGUAGAGCUCCCAAGGACUGAUGAAAUGUGCUUUGCCCUGGUGGUGACUGCAGCUGCUACGUUAUGUGAAAAAAUGAGAAGUUGCCCUAAAUUACCAUCUGCGACGUUUUAGCCACCUCCUGUAGUGGAAGCUGGUCAUGUGGGCCAACCCUAUGUGUGGUUUGAGACUGAGUGUCAUUUUGCUUUCUUGGGAUCUCAGCAUUUGCGUUUUAAAGCAAUUACCAAGUUAAGCACAAUCUCUGUGUUCAUGGGUCUGCCUGCAUGGGCAUGUAGUAUCUUCAGCCUCGUAUGGCUUUGAGAAUUUCUGAAAGAGCCUUUGAUCUGAGUUGGGAUGUUUAGUAUUUCUGAGGGCACAUACUUGAGGGUACAAACUGUUUAGCAAAUGAGACAGAAUGGCAUUUUUACAAGGGUAAGUAGGAAUUGGGAAUGUACUUCACGUGCACUGAGAGGCACUUGGAACAUCAAAGUGCUGUGUCCUAAUACUCUGAGUAUUUCAACCGCAUGAAUAGGCCACACUAAAUUUAACUUUCAGAAAAGGCAUUUGCAGGUGUACAUGCUUUUCCUGAAAUAGGUGUGUUUGUGCACACUGGCUGGUAAUAGCACACAUGGUGCAAACACAUUUUGCAAUCACACUGCACACUACAGAUUACUCACCCAUAACCCCUUACUAUUCAUCUCCGAGUAUCAUUUUUGAAGGCAGGGAGAUGCGGAUGCAGGCGCAAGACUUGUGGAUCAGGGGUUGUGUGUGUACAUCCAUCCAUUCUGUAACUAAAGGCACACAGCACUGUUAAGUCAGCGGCAAUACUCGUGCUGACCUGAACGGCAGCAGCCAUGGGUACUGCUCUCAAACUGCCUCUUAUGUUGCGAUGCACUUUCAGUUUUGAUAACUGUUUUAUGACUUGUAUUUUCAUUUUUAUUUUUUUUAAUGUUGAGCUAACUGCUAGGAUGUGCUGUCUUCGCAAUGCUUAGUUGCCCAGCAAUUACAGAUAUACUUCAAAAGGAAGCAGAAGAAUAAUAAACCGUGGAAUCCCAAAUCAGAUUAAUGUAAUGUGCAUUUCUAGAUUACGAUUAGUAACAAGAUAACACAGUGUCAUGGUAACACUUGAAACUUAACUACAAGUUCCUAAAAUAAAGCAAUGACAUAUGUAUAAGUUUCUAUCCAUUUGCAUACUAUCCACCUGAAAACAUUUUUACAACACUCGAGCAAUUAAACCCUACUUUUUCCUUCUGAAUUAAGUGUUGAACUAAAAUAUCAUGCCUCUUUCCUAGUAUUUAUGCAUAAUCUCCUACCAUAAAUUAUAAAUGUUGAUGAAGAAGCUGUCCAUUUUGUAGCAUCUUAGGCUUUUUGCCUUUUGGUUUCAUUUUAGAACAAUUAGCAUAAGGAAUGUAGAACACACUUUAUUCUUUGCGAUUUGUACCACAUUCAUGUCCUUGAAAUUCUACCACCUCCUAAUACGAAAAUUGUCUCACUGAUACUGGAAAAGUCUGUUUAUUAAUUAAGUUGAUAGACUAGUGGGUGCAAUUCAUGUGGCUGAGGGUUGGGAAUUAAAAUCCCAACUUUACCUCAAAUCACUGUAAGAGAGGAGUAAACUUUCAAUGUGAGAUUGCUAGCUAAGAUGGAGAGCCUAGCUAUUAUUUUCUAGUUGCCUUACAGUGAAAAGUGUUGUCUGCUUGUUAUAGAGUCUGACUUUCUUUCACUAAGCAGAAGUUAACUUGUUUAAUAUGCUAUCUAUGGUAAAGGUGCGAGGAUAUGCUUUACAUGUAUUGUCAUUUUGUGUUAAACUUUCACAGAAUGCAAAAUUGGGCACUUUGUUCUGAUUGCUUUAUAUGCACAAUACUGCUUUGACCAAAUUCUUUAGUCAAAAUUAAGAUGCUGCAAAGUUCUUUGUAAGUAAAUAUGAUCUUCUUCUGUCACCUUAAAUAGAUAAAAUGGGCAGUGUUACACAGAAAAUAUUAUUUCUUUGGCAGUUCACUUAUUUAUGUAUACUGCACUGUAUAGACCAUUGGAGGAUAUUGAAAAUAUAGCUUACAGGUUGCUCCUUACACAACCUUUAAAUCCCAAAUUCUGUUCUUCACACCUCUGUGGAUGGCAAAUGCUGAAAGUAAAAUGAUUGCCUCCAGCAUGAUAAUCAUGUUACAUUCAGAAUAAUACAGUUGCUGGGAAAUAUUUCAUAUACACAGCAGAGUUCCUAGGAUAAACCUCCUGCUAAGGCAUGGCUGAUGUUUGUCCUUGUGGCCUUUUGAAUAGUGGAAAGUCUGAUCUGUAUUUAAUAAAUCUGCCUGUAUUUCUCACAUGCAGAUGAAGGUUUUUAGUAUUUGAAUUUACUGUUGUUCUGGGGUGGAGGGAGGGACAUGUGCAUGCUGGGUUUGCCACUAAUCCUUUGGAAAUCCUUUAGUGCCUUAAGGAGGCAGAGGGGGAACAGACCUUAGGAUUACAGAAACUUGUUCAAACCUCUUUCCUGCUUUAGCAGAAUUGCUUCAAAAUAUAUUGUGCCUUUGGCUCCAAAUAUAUUUGCAUUAGAAAUCAGUAGCCAUGGGAUUAUGGACAGGACUUUUUGCCCCUGUACAAAUGUUAGGAAAGAGAGCAUACUGUUUCUUAUAUAGGAUGUGAAUUAAAAAUGUAGCUAACUUAAAUUCUACUGUUGAGAUCCAUGAAUACUAGGAAAGUUGCAAGUUGCAGUUAAAGCUAGAAAAAAAAAAAGGAAAAAAAAAGGAGAAAGUUUAAAUAUACUAGAUGAAAUGCUUGUACCACUGAAGUGACUGGCAAAUUUCCACUUGCUUCCCUGGGACCAAUAUUUCAUGCUUGCUUCUACUUGUCUUAAUAAAUUCUCACAAGUGAUAGACACAUGAUCAUCAUGCUCUCUUUAACAUUGUUUAUGCACAUAAGGGAAGAAAAGAGAGAUUAGUAGUUGUGGAGACCUGCCUUGAUUUGGAGUUGUUUGGAUCUAUGGUAUAAAUCUCUGUUCACUGUUGUUUCUCUGUGUAACAUAGACUAUUUGCUAUGGGCAUAUGAAUAUUCAAAUGUAAAUUCCAGUGUGAGAGGUUACUGUGCAGUGUGCACUAACCAAUGCCAAACAACUACAUUUCUCUACUCUCUGAACCUUGGUCUUUUUGAAAAAGAGGGAAAAUGUAGCUAACAGAUGAAAACCACUCCUGUGCCAAAAAAGCUUGCAUGAGGCAAUUCAUGUACUCCCUGAUGGUCCUAAGCAGCUCUUAGGAAAAAUUGAAUAAGCUUUUAGCUCAUGAGUGAAUUUUAUCUUCUAGGAAAUAAGAGCAAUUUGCUAAAAAAAAAAAAAAAAAGAAGAACUAAAAAAAA